UGAAACGGUUCUAUGGAAGGUUUGAGUCCCUGCUUAUCACCUCACGUGGCGCACUAAGAUAGCUCCUGACUACGAUCAACUGUUGGGGUAACUCAUGACUAGUAUUGCAACAUCUAGUGCCUAAGUAUGAAUAUGACUGCUCUUCCUGACAUCCAUCUCUCAGCAUCUUGUCCAUAUUCUAGAAGGCAGCCAAUAUGUCUACCGACCCGUCAUACCAGGAGAAGAACCUACAGAUAGGAACACAACCAGAGGACCCGGAAAAGCUCGAAGGGGUUACCGAAGACUUCGAAGUCUUCAAGCAAACCAAGGAUGGAGUCAACUUCCGGACUGUUGGGUGGCCAAUGGCUACCGUCAUCUUUUUAAAGACAAUCUUCGCUCUUGGUGUCCUGUCUAUUCCGGCAGCAAUGUACUCGCUAGGUGCUGUUGGAGGAGCACUCAGUGUCAUCGGCUGGCAAGCCCUCAACACAUACACUGCAGUCCUCCAAGGAGACUUCCGGAACAACCACCCGAGAUGCCACAGUAUCGCCGACAUGGCUGGAGUUGUUGGAGGACCUAUCAUGAAGGAGGUGACUGGUGCACUCUUCAUCAUCGCCUAUGUCAUCCUUACUGGAUCUGGUAUUGUCGGAGUAUCAAUCGGCAUCAACGCCUUGUCACACCAUGCGGCUUGCUCAGUUUGGUGGGCCGUCCUGGCUACAGUCUUUGUGGCUCUCGCAGCAUCGGUUCGCAAGUUCCACCAGAUCGGGUGGUUGACAUGGAUAGGAUUUGCAUCCAUCUUCAUCGCCGUCUUCAUCUUGGUCAUCGCCGUUACCACCCGCGAUCGUCCAGCAGCUGCUCCUCAAACCGGCGAUUACGAAUUCGGCUUCUACGCCAUUGCCUACCCAAGUUUCGCAGCAGGCAUGGUCGCAUCUUGCACCAUCUUUGUGUCAGGCGCUGGUACUAGUGCUAUGCUUCCUGUCAUUUCCGAGAUGAAGAACCCAAGAGACUACCGCAAGGCUUUGUUCAUCUGCAUGGCCAUCGUGACUGCUGCAUACCUCAGCUUCAGUCUUGUUGUCUACCGCUGGUGUGGAAAGUGGGUCGCUAGUCCCUCUCUGGGCAGUGCUGGUCAAACCAUCAAGAUGGUCUGCUAUGGUAUCGCUUUGCCUAGUCUGGUCGUCAGCGCCUGUCUUUACCUCCACGUCGCGGCAAAAUACAUCUUCGUACGCGUCCUUCGCGAAUCACCCCACCUCCAAUCCAACACCAUGGUCCACUGGGGUACAUGGCUCUCCUGCACGUUCGGUCUCGCUGCAGUUUCCUUUGUGCUCGCCGAAGCAGUACCAAUCUUUGACUACUUGCUCUCUCUCGCCGGCAGCAUUUGCUUCGCACCCCUGGCCAUCUCCUUGCCAGCAUGGCUCUGGAUCCACGACCACAUGCAUUAUCGCAAGGGAAGUGCCAUCAAACAGUUCUCAUUCUGGAUGCAUGCUUUGUUCAUCCCAUUGGGUAUCUUUGUCAUGAUUGGAGGCACUUAUGGUGUAGUGGUGCAGAUCAAGGAGGCAUACGCUUCCGGGCAGAUUGGGUCUGCUUUCUCUUGCGCGGACAAUUCGAACUCUACUUGAG